CGACCCUCUUCUACCUGUAAUACCUACCUAAUUCUUCGUGUUGAUUGCAAAACAUUUCAAAUUUGUUGGUUUGCUAGACUCAACUUGUUUCUACUUCGUCCUUCGUCUUGCAGCGUUCCUAAAAUUUGCAAAAUGGAAUCUCAGAAGGGCAAAUGGUGGAAAAAGGCUGUAGUCUAUCAGGUCUACCCCGCAAGUUUCAAAGACUCCAACGGUGACGGCACUGGUGACAUCCCUGGCAUCACUUCCAAACUCGACUAUCUCCACAGUCUUGGGAUUGACGUGCUUUGGAUAUGCCCCAUGUACGAAAGUCCGCAGAUUGACCUCGGUUACGACAUCUCAAACUUUGAGGAUAUCCACCGGCCUUACGGCACCCUGCAGGACAUGCAGGAUCUCAUAGACGGGUGUCAUGAGCGCAGCAUGCGCAUAAUCAUUGAUCUAGUGAUUAAUCAUACUUCAGAACUUCACCAGUGGUUUCAGGAGUCGAAGGCAUCCAAGGACAACGACAAGCGGGAUUGGUACAUUUGGAGGCAAGCCAAGUAUGAUGACCAGGGCAUCAGAAAGCCACCAAAUAACUGGCGGUCUAUUUUUGGUGGCAGUGCGUGGACGUGGGACGAGGCGACCGAAGAGUACUAUUUACACCUAUUUACCCCCAAACAACCCGAUCUGAACUGGGAAAACGAAGCCGCCCGCCGCGCCAUAUACGCCUCAUCCAUGGAGUUUUGGCUCAAGCGUGGCGUAGACGGCUUUCGCAUCGACGCGGUAAACAUGUACAGUAAACCGCCCAGCCACCCAGACGCCCCCAUCACCAACCCUUCAAUGGAGUUCCAGUGGGCCGAGACUCUGUACUGCAACGGUCCACGGAUGCACGAGUUCCUCUCCGAGAUGAACGAGGUCAUGUCCUCCUACGGGGAAAUCAUGACCGUUGGCGAGUUGCCGCACACGCCGGAUCGUUCUGAGGUCUUGAGUUACGUUUCUGCGGCUAAGAAGCAGAUGAACAUGGUGUUCCAGUUUGAUGUUGUAUGUAUUGGGUAUGGGAAGGACCCAAAGUUCGACGUUGUGCCUCAUGACUGGCGACUGUCGGAGUUAAAAAAGGCGGUAGAAAACACGCAAGGCUUGAUUAUGGGUACGGAUGCGUGGACCACGAGUUUUCUGGAGAAUCACGAUCAGGGGAGGUCGAUUAGUCGGUUUGCAUCCGAUAAACCGGAGAACAGGGUGCAGGCGGGGAAGAUGCUGGCCCUGAUGAAUGCGACGCUGAGCGGCACUUUGUUCGUAUACCAAGGGCAAGAGAUUGGAAUGGUGAAUAUGCCGCAAUCUUGGGGGAUCGAGGAGUAUAAGGAUAUUGAGUCAAAGAACUUCUACGAGGAGGUUGUGAAGACCUCGAAAGGUGACUCGAAGGCGUUGGAGAAGGCGAAGAGGGGUCUGCAAUAUCUUGCCAGGGACCAUGCAAGGGUACCCAUGUGCUGGGAUUCAUCGCCGCAAGGAGGAUUUUCGACAAGUACGGACACUUGGAUGCGUGUCCAUGACCUCUACGACCAGAUCAAUGUGGCGGAUCAGGAGAAGGACCAAUCAAGUGUGUUGAGUUUCUGGAAGACGGCGUUGAAAUUAAGGAAGGAGUGGGCAUCAUUGCUGAUCUACGGCGAUUUUGAGCUGUUUGAUUUGGAGGAUGAACACUGUUUCGUGUAUGCAAAGCGGAGUGACUGCAAUGUUGCCCUGGUGGUGCUGAAUUUCACAAAGAAAGAGAGGGAUUGGAAGGCGCCAAAGGAGUUCAACGGCAAGUCAUUCACUUUGUUGACGUCGACAUAUAGUGGCGACGGGAAGCCUGGAGAAUUGCGACCUUAUGAAGGAAGACUAUAUGUCCAGGUUUAGGUAGACCGAAUGGUAGAGUAACUUAAAUUGUGGUCAAGGUUGUACUCACAUCAGAGAAAGUAGACUAUCAAGCCAAUGACCGCCUAUCGAG